CUUGCUGCAGGAAGGAAAUACAAUCGAGCACAGAUCGAAUUUUGUCUGGUAGGGAAACAUCAUCAAAAUGCUUCUCGGCCGGUUAUUACUGCGGACAUCAACUGUCAACAAGAUGGUUAGUAGAAAUGCUUACACAGCAUCCAAACCUGAUCCCUCCAAGCCAAACAUGCUGAGAGUAGGACUGGCGUUUGGAAGUACAGCUGUCUUGUGGGCACUGCUGUUCAAGCAACACAGCACUGAUGUGCGUGAGUACAAAACAAGGAAUGGGUUAGAGUAAUUCACAAAGCUAUGGCAUUAAUUGCUCUAUGCUUCGUGGAUCUUCUGUUUUUCCUGUUUCAAUGUUCCUCUGCUGUACAAUAAAGUUGUGUAUAUGUAACUUGC